UGCUUUGCUUUUGUAGAAUGUCGUUGAAUUGAGAAUUUUCAGUUCGUUGUUGUGUUUCAGUGCAGAGACUUUGUGAAGGCAGGAGCAGAGGAAGGACUGACUCCAGGAGAUGUGGUCCAGGCAGCCGACAUUACCUUCUCAUGUGUGGCCGACCCCCAGGCUGCCAAAGAUAUGGUGUUUGGCAACUGUGGAGUGCUGCCUGAAGCCGGUCCCAGCAAAGGCUAUGUUGAGAUGACUGGAAUUGACGCAGAGACUUCCCAGGACAUAGCUGAGGCUAUCACAGGCAAGGGAGGCAGGUACCUGGAGGCACAGGUACAAGGCAGUAAGACACAAGCGGAGGAAGGUACCUUGGUGAUACUGGCUGCUGGGGACAGGUCACUGUUUGACGAGUGUCAGAGCUGCUUUGAGGCUAUGGGGAAGAACUCCUUCUACCUGGGUGAGGUGGGCAAUGCGUCCAAGAUGAACCUAGUACUGCAGCUGAUGGCAGGGGUAACAUUGGCGGGGUUGGCGGAGGGAAUGGCGUUGGCUGACAGAGCGGGGUUGCAGCAGAAGGAUGUGUUGGAAGUGAUGGAGCUCACAUCUCUAGCCUGCCCCACUAUACUGGACAAGGGCAAAGCCAUUAUUGAUGCCAGUUUCCCCACCCAUUUGCCCCUCCAACAUCUGCAGAAGGACCUCAAGUUGUCCUUGAGUCUAGGGGAUCAAUUGGAGCAGCCCCUGCCUCUCACAGCUUCUGCUAACGAGGUGUUCAAGCAUGCUAAGCGUCUGGGCUACGGCGAACACGACGCAUCAGCUGUCUACAUUCGUGCACGUUUCUAAUCUCAUACACUCGGGCGGCAUGUUUCAUACAUUUUCAACAACUUUGGUUUAAUUUUGACUCAUUUUCAUUAUAUUUAAAUGUAAUGAACCCCCUGAAUAAAUUAGAGUUCUAGGUUUAGUUUGAUAUAUUUGUUACUAGAUAUUAUUUUGACUUUUUAUUGGAUGAUGAGAUCAACUUGGUUUUAAUCAGAGAUGUAUUAAUUAUGAUCAUUGACAUUAUUUAUUUGUUUGUAUGUGCUUCAAUUCAUAAAACUAGCCUAAAAAUAAGUAAGAUGUAUUUGUUUUGAUAUUGGAUAAAUGAUAUCGAUUGUAAGAAUUUGUUAAAAUUUUAGAUUUAUAUAUAUGGUUUAAAAGAGAUGAUACAUUUUUGUGUGUUGUAGUUAAAACUGAGGUCACCUGACACUUAAAGUUGGGUCUCUUGAUAAAUCAAGUAUUUACUUAAGUAGCGAUUUAUAAUUUUUGUAAUAAUAUUACCAGUAAAUAUCUGAACACAAAUUUAAAGGUGGAAUUCAAUAUUCCUCAGUAAUUUUGAGCAGAACGCCUUCUUAUUUUGCAAAAACUCCUUAACAUAUUUUUUAUGUGUAGAUUUUUGUUAACAUUUAUAAAUUACUACCUACUAAAGCAAUUAGCUUCUGCUUCAACUACAUUACACACAAGACUAGUUUUAAAAUUGACCAAUAUAAUUAAGAUUAAGAUAUAUUUUGGAAAGAUAUUUUGUGGCGAUUCAAUUAUUAUCAUGGUACAAAGAGUAUUUGUCAGCGUGUCAGCUAAUUUAUGUGUGUAGAUAGAACAUAGUUAUUAUGGACAUGUGGUAUUUUAGUUUGGAAAAUUUUAUAGUUGGCAUUUAUCAUUUUGUACGUUUUUUUUAGUUUAGAUAAAUUAAUGUGUAAUCGACUAUGGCGUAUGCAAUUACUGUUAAUCCAACUAUCACUGUUUUUAAUUUCAAUAAAGUUAUGUAUUUUUA